AUGGAGGCCUUUCUCGUUCGCCGCACGACACCUCUCAUCCUCGUCCUGCUCUGUAGUGCGGCGUUCCUAACUGUCGUCUCGUCUGCCCCAUUUUCAUCGCCGUUCCUCGCAACUUCUUCACGCCUCGGCAGCGUUUUUACCCCGGCGUUUGCCGCUCAAGCGGCCGAGCCCUUAGUGUGGGAAGGGAAAACAGUCUAUAAGUACGUUACAAAACUGCGUCCCACAACACUCAAUGGGAAGGUGGUCGGCGACAAGGGCGCACGGGGAAAAUAUGUCACAAAGAUAAUGAGGUUCUCAGCAACAACAUACUAUGCCGAAAGCGUUAUUUCCGUCUUAAACAUCAAUUCGGGAGGAAAAGAGUUGACCAUACGCGUCGCCACAUCCUGCACUGGAUUAUCCCAGGACAUCACUGCACAGUGGACCAACAUCACUAGUAACAAAACAGGCCGCCGCAAGCGUUACAGCUUCGUGUUUACAUAUACUGACGGACCCAAGUCUCUAGCUAAGCUACGUGAACAGACUGAAGGCGUGUUCAAGGCUUUGGGGGACUACACGCAGGUUGGGCACGCAAACAACGAGAAUGCGCUCUGUGGGCAGUUCAAGAAAGUGAAGGUGAAGUAG